AUGGAAUAAAAACUUUUUAAAUCUAGCAUCUUUUUACUCUUUGCAGUAGGUGCUUUCUGGAUUAUCUUCUCAUCUGUUAUAUACUACGAAUAAAUAGAAAUAACUGAUGCUUAUGAACAAUUCAAAAAUAUUCUUAUUAUGGGAAUAGUAUUUGGUAGUGUAUUAAUAUUAUGGUGUAUUAUAGGCCUUAAUGCUAAUUCUAAAAAAGUGAAUUGUAUGUAUAUCACCUAUAAUGUAGGAGUCUUUAUUUUUUUGUUAGCUUCAAUAACAGCUUUAGUAUUAACUAUUAUUUUAGCUAAUAAAAUACCUGAUUAUAAAAAUGAUUCUGAAUGCACUUCUGAAAGUAUUCUUAUUGAAUUUUCUGAACUGAAUAAAAUAUCAUCUUAAACUUUAUGUCAAUCUGAUUGCUAGUGCUAUUAUGGUUCUAAUAACAGUAUUAAACCUUUAGAAUUAGGAGUUAAAAAUUAUACUUUAUUUAGCUCUGAACCUAUUAGAGUUCAGUAAUGCAAAGUAUUCGAUAACUUUGAUAUUUAAAACAAAGAUUCUAACAGCGAAAUUUUGAAGGCAUUUGAACAAACAUAUAAAUGUAGUGGUUUUUGCUCAAAUAACUCAUACUAUGUAUUUAGCGAUGUAAAUAAUGGAUAUCCUGGUGGUGAUUGCAAAGAUGAAAUUAUUAUCUUUGUAGAAAAUAAUAACAAUAGAUUUAUAAUUGCUUCAUCUAUUAUGACCUUUGCAAUAAUUGUUGCAUUUGUUCUUUCAAUACUUUAAUUAUACAAGACAUCACAAGUUUAUGAUUUUUAAUAGAAAAAUGUUGAGUUACAUGGAAAUAAUUCUUGA